AUGAAGUUGCUGUUUAAAUUACAGAGUUUAAAACUCUUGCGGACUCUGAAGCCUCCUAAUAGGACUUUCCAUGGACAUCCCAGGCUGCUUUCCUCUGAUGUAUAUUCCCAGUAUGAGUCCAUCAGACAGGGCAAACAGGAGAUACCAAAGUACUUUAACUUUGCAAGUGAUGUACUGGACAAAUGGUCUGAGAUUGAAAAGGCUGGAAAGAGACCAUCAAACCCUGCUUUCUGGUGGAUAAGUGGUGAAGGAGAAGAAGUGAAGUGGAGCUUUGAGGAGCUAGGGUUCCUAUCUCGGAAAGUGGCCAAUGUGCUGACUAAAGAAUGUGGGCUGCAGAAGGGAGACAAGCUGAUCCUGAUCCUACCACGAAUUCCAGAAUGGUGGCUGGUCAAGGUGGCUUGUAUGCGAGCAGGAAUUGUCAUAAUCCCAGGAACAUCCCAGUUAUCAGCCAAAGACAUACAGUACAGACUCCAGGCAUCAAAGGCCACGUGCAUCAUUACCACUGACAGACUGGCACCUGCAGUGGACUCGGUGGCAUCCCAGUGCCAGCUCCUCAAAACCAAGUUAAUGGUGUCCAAAGGCAGCAGGGAGGGGUGGCUGAAUUUCACUGAGUUGUACCAAAACCAAUCUGCUGACCAUUCCUGCAUUAAAACAAGCAUUCAAGACCCAAUGAUUAUCUUCUUUACCAGUGGAACUACAGGUUCUCCAAAGAUGACUCAACAUUCCCAGGGUAGUCUUGGUUUCAGACCCCUUUUAAGUGAAAGGUACUGGUUGGAUUUGACUCCCUCUGACAUGAUAUGGAACACAGCAGACACAGGAUGGAUACUAACUUCAAUAGCAUCUUUUUUUGAUCCCUGGGUUUUCGGAUCAUGCAUCUUUAUACAUAACCUACCACAGACAGACUCAGCAGUCAUCCUAAAUACUCUCUGCAGAUUCCCAAUUGAUGCCCUGGUCGGUGCUCCAACAUUGUUCCGCAUGCUGGUGCAAAACGAUCUCUCCAAGUACAAAUUCAUGAACCUGAAGUACUGCAUGAGUGGAGGGGAACCACUCAACCCAGAAGUCAUGGAGCAGUGGAAGAGCCAGACGGGGCUGGACAUCCAUGAAGUGUAUGGCCAGACUGAAAUGGGAAUAAUCUGCUCUGUUUGUAAAGGAAUGAAGAUUAAACCCGGAUCAAUGGGGAAAGCAGCUCCCCUUUAUGAUGUUCAGAUCGUAGACAAAAAUGCCAAUAUCUUGCCUCCAGGACAACAGGGGGAAAUUGCUAUCAGAAGCAAACCUAUAAGACCACUUGGGUUUUUCUCUGAAUAUUUAGAUAACCCUAAGAAAACUGCAGAAAGUGAACGUGGAGAUUUUUAUGUCACUGGAGACAGAGGGACUAUGGAUGAAGAGGGAUAUUUCCAGUUUAUUGGCAGAGACGAUGAUAUCAUCAUUUCUUCAGGGUAUCGCAUCGGGCCAUUUGAAGUAGAGAGUGCCCUGAUAGAGCACCCAGCUGUAGUAGAAACAGCUGUUGUCAGCAGCCCAGACCCGCUCAGAGGAGAGGUCGUGAAAGCAUUUGUGGUUCUGUCCCCAACUUUUUCAUCCACUGACCUGAAGAGCUUAACUCGUGACUUGCAGGACCAUGUCAAGAAGACUACUGCUCCAUAUAAAUACCCUAGAAAGGUGGAAUUUGUCAAAGAGCUGCCAAAGACAGUCACUGGGAAGAUCAAGAGGAAUGAAUUAAGGGACAAAGAGUGGAGACGGAUAUAG